AUGGAGUCAAGGAAGUGGGUGGAAGAGCCGCAGCGACGCGCGCAGAAAGGGAUCCUCCGCCGGUACCGCCCCCUGGAUGGGACCCGGGACUCAGGGGCACGCGCCCAGUCUCCGGUGUCCCCACGCUGCGCCAAGGCCGCGCUCGCCCCCGCCAGCCCCCGGGCGGCCCCCAACCGGGUCCGAGACGCGCUGCGGAGUCACGAGCCUGGGCUGAUGCAGUUGGUGAAUUACUACAGGGGGGCUGACAAACUGUGUCGCAAAGCUUCUUUAGUGAAGCUAAUCAAGACGAGCCCAGACCUGGCUGAGUCCUGCACAUGGUUUCCAGAGUCCUAUGUGAUUUACCCAACUAAUCUCAAGACCCCAGUUGCCCCAGCACAGAAUGGAAUCCACCCACCGAUCCAUAGCUCAAGGACAGAUGAAAGGGAAUUCUUCCUGGCUUCUUACAACAGAAAGAAGGAAGAGGGAGAAGGCAAUGUUUGGAUUGCAAAGUCAUCAGCUGGUGCCAAAGGUGAAGGCAUCCUCAUCUCCUCGGAGGCUUCAGAACUUCUGGAUUUCAUUGACAACCAGGGUCAGGUGCAUGUGAUCCAGAAAUACCUUGAGCACCCUCUGCUUCUGGAGCCAGGUCACCGCAAAUUUGACAUUCGAAGCUGGGUCUUAGUGGAUCAUCAGUAUAAUAUCUACCUCUACAAAGAGGGUGUGCUUCGGACUGCUUCAGAACCGUAUCAUGUUGAUAAUUUCCAAGACAAAACCUGCCAUUUGACCAAUCACUGCAUUCAGAAGGAAUACUCAAAGAACUAUGGAAAGUACGAAGAAGGGAAUGAAAUGUUCUUUGAGGAGUUCAAUAAGUACCUAAUAAGUGCUUUGAACAUUACGCUGGAGAGUAGUAUCUUGCUACAAAUUAAACAUAUAAUAAGAAGCUGCCUCAUGAGCGUGGAGCCCGCCAUCAGCACCAGGCACCUCCCUUACCAGAGCUUCCAGCUCUUUGGCUUUGACUUCAUGGUGGACGAGGAGCUGAAGGUCUGGCUCAUUGAGGUCAACGGCGCCCCAGCUUGUGCCCAGAAGCUCUAUGCAGAACUGUGCCAGGGCAUCGUGGACAUAGCCAUAUCCAGUGUCUUCCCGCCCCCAGACGUGGAGCCACAGCACGUCCAGCCGGCCGCGUUCAUCAAGCUGUGA